GUGUUAGGUUGUCGCUGCUCAGUGUUGUCAUUUCCAAACAUGUCCAUCACGUUCUAAGUAGAGGAUUUUAUAUUUAUCCUGAGAGUUUAUUCUCUGUCACAAUGAGUAACGUUUGCAGAGAAAUCGUCACUCUUCAGUUGGGACAUUAUUCAAACUUUGUCGGGACUCACUGGUGGAAUUUACAGGAUGCCUCUUUGUCCUACGAUUCAGACACGUCCCUGGGUGAGAUCCAGAGUGAUGUCCUCUUUCGAGAGGGACAGACUCUGGGGGGACACGUCACACACACACCUCGCCUCAUCGCCAUGGAUCUCAAAGGAAGUCUCCGGACUCUACGGCAGGAGGGAAGUCUGUAUGACGCCAGCGAAGAGGCCUCCGCUGUCACAUGGGAGGGAAGCCUCACGAUGCACGAAGAAACUCCAGCUGAGAAGAACCCUUUUCUAGAAGAUCUGGACAGGCUGGAUAGAGGGCAGACCCUUGCUGAAGAUGACCUUCACCCCCAACCUCGGCGCUCAGCUGCUGCAGUGAGCCUGGAUGUGAACAGCCAGCUGGCGCGGCUCCAGAAGGCCUACCGGCUGGAGGGCAGCGUGAGGGUGUGGUCCGACUUCCUGAGGCUGCACCUGCACCCCCGCAGCAUCUCCGUUAUCCACCAGUUCAACCACGACGGGUAGAGUGCAACGUCAGACUUAAAACAGGAAGCACAGCAUUGGGAUUUAACUUCGUGAUCGUUUUCACAAUACAGACUGAUUCAUUUCGAAUUGUAUACUGUUUUCGUCUUUAUAAUAUAAUCAUAUUUUCAUAUUCGUCCAAUUUAAGAUGGCAAUACUUGUUUAAAGUAAUCCAAAUCAAUUUGAUACCUCAUAUUAUAAGCACUUUACCGCUUUACAGUGACACACAGAAUAUAUAGACUAUGCAAGGAUUAUGUACAGUAUACUUGUGAUGACUGACAGUGGUGGCAUUUACUCCAAUACUGUACUCAAUUACAAUAUUGAGGUACUUGUACUUUACUUGACACUUUACAUUUCCUGCUAUUUAACACUUCUAACUCACUGCAAUUCAGAUGGAAAUAUUUUUACUUUUUAGUCUAUUAAAGUAGGCUUACACUGAUGAUGCUAACACUUUGUAUUUAUACUUAAGUAACACAACAAAACAGAACUUAAUUUGUAACAGACUAUUUUACACGUUUACUUCUGAGUACUUACAUCAGCAUAGUUAGAGUCCUGGAUUUCAUCAAAAUGACAAGAAGCACAGGCUCAAGGGAAGACAGAAUUAUGUAGGAUAUAUUAAGGAGAACCUUUUAGCACAUAUUUAGAGUUAAGUAUAGUGAAUAAAUAGUAUAUCACAGCACAAGGUGCUGGACGUAAAAGGCAAAUCAGUGAGCCCAGACUUAUACAUCAUAGCCAGAUGAAGCACAGUCAUAUAAUUGAUAGCAAGUUAACAUUGUUUAAGACAUAAGAACAAAUAAUGUAUUCAAUUUUUAUAAAAAAUAAA